CUGCUGAUUCUUCGUGUAACCUUUUUUUUGCUUGCGUUUUGACAUGACAUGACUGCAUCCCUGGGUUUCGGAUGCUUCGGAUGCUCAGGUUGAUUGGUUGAUUGCGUUGCGUGUCGAGCAACGCCGUGUUCAAUACCGUUUACGACUGCGAGGAACUAUGAUCCGCUUGGUGAGUGCAUAACAAUGAAACACGGCAUCGAACCCUUCGAAGGACGGAAGAUGUGGAAGAUCCGGUUCUCGGAUAAGAUGAUGAGAUGGUGGCGGACGAAAGCAUGGAGGCACGAAGGCACGAAGGCACGAAGGCACGAAGGCACGAAGGCACGAAGGCACGAAGGCACGAAGGCACGAAGGCACGAAGGCACGAAGGCACGAAGGCACGAAGGCACGAAGGCACGAAGGCACGAAGGCACGAAGGCACGAAGGCACGAAGGCACGAAGGCACGAAGGCACGAAGGCACGAAGGCACGAAGGCACGAAGGCACGAAGGCACGAAGGCACGAAGGCACGAAGGCACGAAGGCACGAAGGCACGAAGGUGGUGGCAGUCCGCAAGUGGAUACUGAUACUGAUACCGAUCCUGACACUGAUACCUCUCAGAGUUCAAUCCGGCCAGCAUCUACCACCUCAGCUGUCGGGAGCCUGA